AUGAUGGCUGUGAAUAUUGCAAUCCUUAUAACCACCUUGCUCUGCAUUCUCUCAACAGCGUCGUGUGGGCGGUUGAUAGUUGGUGCAAGGACCGAGAUUGCUGACGUGAAGACAAACAUGGAGAUGCAGGAGCUUGGCAAGUUCGCGGUAGAGGAGUACAACUACAAACAAACCAACAACGGUGGAGAGGCGUUGAAGUUUGUGGAGGUUGUGGAGGCGGAGAAGCAAGUGGUGUCAGGGAUGAAGUAUUAUCUCAAUAUUUCAGCCGUUGAUCAUAAUGGUGUUCCUAGAAUGUUCACUUCCGUUGUGGUGGUCAAGCCGUGGCUGCAUUAUAAAAAGGUUCUUCAUUUUGGGGAUUCAUCUACCUUCCACCAACUACAACAUACUACUAUGUAA